AUGGUCAUGGAUCUCGCCACUUUUAUGUCCGUUAUCACGAAACAAGAACACCUCAUUAAGCAUAAGAAGAAGUUGUUUUCGGCAUUCAGAAAAGGAUUUGCUGUUGUGUUGGAUGCGGAAGCUAAGACUUACGGAGCCAAGUCCUUUUCCAAGGGCAAGAGCCGCCGAGCUGACGACCUUAUGGACGCCGACAAGUUGAAGGAUUUUAAAGAGAGCUUGCGACCGAUUGAGUUGUCUUCUAACGACUUUGAUUUAAGUGUAGAGAUCAAUCUGGAAAACCGCGCAUUCGAUGAGGCUAUAGAAGCCCUGGGUGACUUGCCCGAAGACGAGGACGAGCUUAGUGGCUCUGGACCCUACUCUGGCCUCGCUGACCCCCCGUCGGCCAAGUUCACACCUAUCAACGAGGCUACCAAUAAGCGCAAGAACGACACGCGCUCCCUCACCUUUGAGGAUGCUGCUACUGGCACGUCAUCGUCCAAUGCUGGCCCUGCCAAGAGAAGAAGACCCUCCCAGCCUGAGGAGAACGAAGGAGUUGAGGACGUAAGCACGGAAGGAGACCAUAAGGAAGCUGCCGAGGCGUAG